AUGGAGGCGGCCGUCGGCGCCCCCGACGGCGGCGACCGGGGCGGCGCGGCGCCCCGCGAGGACGCGACGCCCAUGGACGCCUAUCUGCGGACCCUGGGCUUGUAUCGGAAACUGGUCGCCAAGGACGGGUCGUGCUUGUUCCGAGCCGUGGCGGAGCAGGUGCUGCACUCCCAGUCUCGCCACGUCGAAGUCAGGAUGGCCUGCAUCCAUUACCUGCGGGAGAACCGAGAGAAGUUUGAAGAGUUUAUAGAAGGGUCAUUUGAAGAAUAUUUAAAACGUUUGGAAAAUCCACAGGAAUGGGUUGGACAAGUGGAAAUAAGUGCCCUUUCUCUUAUGUACAGGAAAGAUUUUAUAAUUUACCAGAAACCAAAUGUUUCUCCUUCACAAGUAACUGAGAAUAAUUUUCCUGAAAAGGUGUUACUGUGUUUUUCAAAUGGAAAUCAUUAUGACAUUGUCUACCCCAUAAAGUAUAAAGAGAGCUCUGCUGUGUGUCAGUCUCUGCUUUAUGAAUUGCUAUACGAGAAGGUGUUUAAAACUGAUGUCAGUAAGAUCUUGAUGGGCCUGGAUAGCUCUGAAGUAGCGGAUGAAGAGAACAGUGAAAUAUCAGAUUCCGAGGAUGACAGCUGCAAGAGUAAACCUACCACUGUUAAUGAUGUGAAUGGAUUUAAAACUUUGUCCGGUGAUCAGCACCUGAAAAGCAAUGGAAACUCUCCUAGCCUUCCUUUGUCUAGAAAGGUUCUUAAGUCACUCAGUCCAGCAGUCUAUAGAAAUGUGGAAUAUGAAAUUUGGCUAAAGUCUAAACAAGCUCAACAAAAGCAUGAUUAUUCCAUUGCUGCUGGCUUACAGUAUGAAGUUGGAGAUAAAUGCCAGGUUAGGUUGGAUCACAACGGAAAAUUUUCUAAUGCAGACUUUCAGGGGGUUCACUCUGAGAAUGGGCCAGUUUUGGUCGAAGAACUUGGGAAGAGAUACUCACCGAAGAACCUCAAACCGCCUCCCUCAGAAAGCUGGAACACAGUGUCAGGGAAGAAGAUGAAAAAACCUCCUUCGGGACAGAAUUUCCAUUCUGACGUGGAUUAUAGAGGGCCAAAGAACUCAAGCAAGCCAAUAAAAGCACCGUCAGCUCUACCUCCUCGCCUCCAGCAUCCUUCGGGAGUGAGACAGCAUGCAUUCUCCAGUCACUCUGCUGCGUCACAGUCUCAGAAAGCCUCCAGCGAGCACAAAAAUCUUAACAGAACACCCUCACAGAUCAUAAGAAAAGCUGAUCGUGAGAGAGCUGAGGAUUUUGAUGCCACGACUCGAGAACCUAACUAUUUCGGCCUCUCUCCAGAAGAGCGCAGAGAGAAGCAAGCCAUAGAAGAGUCUCGUUUACUCUAUGAGAUUCAGAACAGAGAUGAACAGGCUUUCCCAGCCCUUUCUAGUUCAUCAGUCAGCCAGUCAGCUUCUCAGAGUAGCAACCCAGGCAUCCAGAGAAAAUCAUCCCAUGGAAGUGAUCGAAAAGGAAGCAGGCGGAGAAUGGACACCGAAGAACGGAAAGAUAAAGACUCUGUCCAUGGACAUAUUCCCUUGGAUAAAAAACCUGAGCCAGGCACAUUGGAGAAUAUUAGCAAUGAUAAGUGUGCAAGAAUUUCAUCACCAUCAAAAUCAAAGAAAUUAGAGUGCCCACCUCCUACAGAGCAAAAGCCAGCAGAACAUGUGUCUCUGUCAAAUCCAGCUCCCCUUCUAGUUUCUCCAGAGGUACAUCUAACUCCCGCGGUGCCUUCCUUACCAGCCACUGUGCCCGCCUGGCCGAGCGAACCUACAACGUUUGGACCAACAGGUGUCCCUGCCCAAAUUCCUGUCUUGUCAGUGACACAGACUCUGACUACCGGACCUGAUUGUGCUGUGUCCCAAGCUCAUUUGACACCCUCUCCAGUUCCUGUGUCAAUACAGGCCGUGAACCAGCCCUUGAUGCCUUUGCCUCAGACAUUGAGCCUUUACCAGGACCCGCUGUAUCCUGGGUUUCCUUGUAACGAAAAGGGAGAUCGAGCCAUUGCACCACCUUACUCACUGUGUCAGACAGGGGAGGACCUGCCUAAAGAUAAGAACAUUCUUCGAUUCUUCUUCAAUCUUGGUGUAAAGGCAUAUAGUUGUCCUAUGUGGGCCCCACACUCUUACCUGUACCCUCUGCAUCAGGCCUACCUGGCAGCCUGCAGGAUGUACCCAAAGGUCCCUGUCCCUAUGUAUCCUCAGAACCCAUGGUUCCAAGAAGCUCCUUCUGCUCAGAACGAGAGUGACUGUACGUGUCCAGAUGCACACUUCCCCAUGGAGCCCGAGGGCAGCGUGAACGGCCAGAUGCCACAGGCAGAGAUGGGCCCGCCCGCGUUUCCCUCACCCCUGGUCAUCCCUCCGUCUCAGGUGUCCGACAGCCACGGACAGUUGUCCUACCAGGCGGACCUGCAGUCGGAGAACACAGGGCAGAUCCUGCACGCCGACUAUGAGGAGUCGCUGAGUGGCAAGAACAUGUUCCCGCAGCCGUCCUUUGGCCCGAACCCGUUCUUGGGCCCGGUCCCCAUCGCACCGCCUUUCUUUCCUCACGUUUGGUAUGGCUACCCUUUUCAGGGAUUCAUCGAGAAUCCAGUCAUGAGGCAGAAUAUCGUUCUGCCCUCCGAUGAGAAAGGAGAAUUGGAUCUGCCCCUGGAAAACCUCGAUCUCUCUAAAGAGUGUGCUUCCGUGCCAGCAGCAGAGGAGUUUCCCGAGGCCGGGCGCGAGGACCCGCAAGCUCCCGCUGAAGCCGGCGCCAGCACGCCGGCCGGCCGCGCUGAGCGCUCCUCGCAGACGCCGAAGGCGGAGCCGGGCCCGGCUCCCGGCCCUCCUGCCGCCGAGGGCGAGGCGCAAGGCCCCGCUCAGCUUCUAAACAGAGAGAGGGAAGCUGCGCCCGCGGGACUGGAGCCCAAAAGGACCAUUCCAAGUCUGAAAGAAAAACCAGAGAAAGGGAAAGAGCCGAAGACUGCUGCUGAUGCGGUCAGCGGGGCCAACUCCGUGGAUAGCAGGGUGCAGAGACCAAAAGAAGAGAGCUCAGAGGACGAAAACGAGGUGUCGCACAUUCUGAGGAGCGGGCGAUCCAAGCAGUUCUACAACCAGACUUUCGGGGGGAGGAAGUACAAGAGCGACUGGGGCUAUUCGGGCCGCGGAGGGUACCCGCACGCCCGAGGCGAGGAGUCCUGGAAGGGGCAGGCGAGCAGGAGCCGCGACGAGGGCUACCAGUACCACCGGAACGUCCGCGGCCGGCCCUACCGCGGGGACAGGAGGAGGUCAGGGAUGGGGGACGGCCAUCGGGGACAGCACACCUGA